UUCCCAUUCUUGCAUUGCAAGUGUUCGUUUUUUUUGCCUCUUUAACAUUUCUCAGUUCAUUCUCACCUUUCAACUUCAAUUCCGAUUUUCACCCAAAUUCCAAAUCUAUGCAUUCCAUUGUAUAGAGUCCUAUUAGGUUGCUGAUCGCAAACAGUGGUGAUCUCGAACCAGAUCUAGGGCUUCGUGUUCGAAGAUUUCGAGUCAAUUUCGCGGAUUUACGCCGAGAAAGUUUCGAAUUGGUGGUUUGGGGUUCGAGAUCUGGGUUUUUUGGUUUGGCGGAUUCAAUUUUGGAGGUGAUUUUAGGGUUUUACGGAGAGAGAGAGAGAGAAUAGGAAGAGAUUCUGAUAACUCGAACUGAAUACAGAGCCAGAUACAGGCUCAUAGAUUGAUUGAUUCUGAUCUGGGUUUGAUUCGCUGUUUGAGGCCCAGAUUCGAGGCAAAUUUUGCGGUUUUAGGUGUUUAUGUUAUCAUAGUGUUAAGAUUUCUGAGGUAGAUUUUGAAAAUGCCUGUUAAAUCUGCGAAUUUGUCGUUUCGGGAUCGGACUCAGGAGUUUUUGAGCGUAGCAGAGAGGUUAAAGAAGUCAUUUUCGUCUUCCCAGAAUGUGCAGAGUAGUAGCAGUAGUUCAAAACCAGAGGAUCAGCGCGCAGCCAUUGCCAUUCAGUCGGAGUUCAACAAGAGGGCAUCUAAAAUUGGGUUUGGAAUACACCAGACAUCGCAGAAGCUUGCGAAACUGGCUAAAUUGGCAAAGAGGACCUCUGUUUUUGAUGACCCCACCAUGGAAAUCCAGGAGUUGACUGCAGUUAUCAAGCAAGAUAUUACUGCACUCAAUUCGGCUGUUGUGGACCUUCAGCUCCACUGUAACUCCCGGAAUGAAAGCGCGAAUAUCUCCACCGACACAAGCAGUCAUUCAACUACAGUUGUAGAUGACUUGAAGAACCGCUUGAUGAGCACUACGAAAGAGUUCAAAGAAGUCCUCACCAUGCGAACAGAGAAUUUGAAGGUUCAUGAGAAUAGAAGACAAUUAUUUUCUUCUACUGCUUCCAAGGAGUCUACAAAUCCGUUUGUUCGCCAGCGUCCACUGGCUACAAGAUCAGCUGCCAGUGCAUCAGUCGCUCCUCCUCCUCCCUGGGUUAAUGGGUCACCAUCUUCAUCCCAGCAUGGUAGGAAGCAGGUGGAUGGGGAGACUCAGCCAUUGCUGCAGCAGCAACAGCAACAGCAGUUGGUUCCAUUACAAGACAGUUACAUGCAGAGUAGAGCUGAAGCUCUUCAAAAUGUGGAGUCAACCAUUCAUGAGCUGAGCAACAUCUUCAACCAGCUGGCAACAUUGGUUUCUGAACAAGGAGAAAUUGCCAUCAGGAUUGAUGAAAACAUGGAAGACACAUUGGCAAAUGUAGAGGGGGCACAAGGGGCUUUGCUCAAAUAUAUGAACAGCAUAUCAUCUAAUAGGUGGCUGAUGAUCAAAAUAUUCUUUGUAUUGAUUUUCUUCCUCAUGAUUUUCCUAUUUUUUGUGGCAUAGGUAAAGCUCACAGGCCUAUAACAAAAGACAGUGAUCAUGUAAUUUUUACUGGUGUAACGAGGAGCCUGUUAUAUUCUUUUUAAUAUUUUGUAUUCCAUUUUUAAUAUCCGCGUGUGUGAAGUUGGUGCACCUUUUGCCUUCUGUACUAGUAUGUCAUGAAUGUAUUUGUAUGAAACUCAUUUCAAAUAGUUACUAAAUUUGCUCUGAAAUAUAUGGAGUGUAAUUUGGAAGUAAA